GCAGAACUUUCGCAGACAAGGAGACUAGGAACCACACCCGGCUGCCGGCAAAGGGUGGAAGAAGGAAGGCCCUACGACGAGGCGUCGCGUUGCUGCGGAGGGAUUCUGUUUCAGUGGUGGCGGAGGGAUUUGACAGUACGUUAACUUCCGGAAACGUCCUGACCCAGAGAGGAAAAACCCUGAAGGAAACAAUAACAAACGAGAAGAGGAAGCGAUUGUGGGGUUCCUGUGUUGAGCGGUUCUUGUCCGAGAAGAUGAGUUUCGGCCCCUGUCAGGAGACGUGAGAGGGUUCGGUGGGCUUCAGCCAGCCUUUCUCCACCUGUUCCCCCCCCUCCCCCGGGGGCCUCCCGGGUAUUGCCAUGGCAGGCGUGGGGCCGGGGGGCUACGCGGCGGAGUUCGUGCCACCUCCCGAGUGUCCAGUCUUUGAGCCCAGCUGGGAGGAGUUCACGGACCCUCUCAGCUUUAUCGGCCGCAUCCGGCCUCUGGCGGAGAAAACCGGCAUCUGCAAAAUCCGACCGCCCAAGGAUUGGCAGCCUCCAUUUGCAUGUGAAGUAAAAAGUUUUCGUUUCACUCCCAGAGUCCAGCGCCUGAAUGAACUUGAGGCAAUGACCAGAGUGAGACUGGACUUCUUGGAUCAAUUAGCAAAAUUUUGGGAACUCCAAGGAUCUACUUUGAAGAUUCCAGUGGUGGAGAGAAAAAUCCUGGAUCUGUAUGCUUUGAGCAAGAUUGUUGCCAGCAAAGGAGGUUUUGAAAUGGUCACAAAAGAGAAGAAAUGGUCUAAAGUGGGUAGUCGCUUGGGAUAUCUGCCGGGAAAAGGAACUGGGUCUCUUUUGAAGUCACAUUAUGAAAGAAUUCUCUACCCAUAUGAACUUUUCCAAUCUGGUGUCAGCCUUAUGGGUGUACAGAUGCCUAAUUUAGAUCUUAAGGAAAAAGUAGAGCCUGAGGUUCUUGGCACUGAUGUCCAAACUUCCCCAGAGCCAGGCACAAGAAUGAACAUUCUGCCGAAGAGAACAAGGCGUGUCAAGUCUCAGUCAGAAUCUGGGGAAGUGAACAGAAACACGGAACUGAAGAAACUUCGAAUUUUUGGGGCUGGGCCUAAGGUCGUGGGCCUAGCAAUGGGAGCAAAAGAUAAAGAAGAUGAGGUCUCCCGAAGACGAAAAGUUACCAACAGGUCAGACGCAUUUAACAUGCAAAUGAGACAACGGAAAGGAACUCUCUCUGUUAACUUUGUUGAUCUCUAUGUUUGUAUGUUUUGUGGUCGGGGAAAUAAUGAAGAUAAAUUGCUUUUGUGUGAUGGAUGUGAUGACAGCUAUCAUACAUUCUGUUUAAUUCCCCCACUACCUGAUGUGCCCAAAGGAGACUGGAGGUGUCCUAAAUGUGUUGCUGAGGAAUGUAAUAAACCUCGAGAGGCCUUUGGAUUUGAACAAGCUGUACGAGAGUAUACACUUCAGAGCUUUGGAGAGAUGGCAGAUAAUUUUAAGUCUGAUUACUUCAAUAUGCCAGUUCAUAUGGUUCCUACAGAACUAGUAGAAAAGGAAUUCUGGCGGCUGGUGAGCAGCAUUGAAGAAGAUGUUAUUGUAGAGUAUGGAGCUGAUAUCUCCUCAAAAGACUUUGGAAGUGGAUUUCCUGUAAAGGAUGGUCGGAGAAAGAUGCUGCCAGAAGAAGAGGAAUAUGCGCUUUCUGGUUGGAAUUUGAAUAAUAUGCCUGUCCUAGAGCAGUCUGUUCUUGCACAUAUUAAUGUAGACAUCUCUGGUAUGAAAGUGCCAUGGCUCUAUGUAGGAAUGUGUUUCUCUUCUUUCUGCUGGCACAUUGAAGAUCACUGGAGUUAUUCCAUCAACUACUUACACUGGGGGGAGCCAAAGACAUGGUAUGGUGUGCCAUCUCAUGCUGCCGAACAACUGGAGGAGGUGAUGAGGGAGCUGGCUCCUGAGUUAUUUGAAUCCCAGCCUGAUCUCCUGCAUCAGUUAGUCACCAUCAUGAACCCCAAUGUACUGAUGGAGCAUGGUGUGCCUGUGUACAGGACCAAUCAGUGUGCUGGCGAGUUUGUUGUGACAUUUCCUCGUGCCUAUCAUUCUGGAUUUAACCAGGGCUACAACUUUGCUGAAGCUGUGAACUUCUGUACUGCUGACUGGUUGCCCAUUGGACGUCAGUGUGUCAAUCAUUACCGACGGCUGAGGCGCCAUUGUGUCUUUUCACAUGAAGAACUCAUUUUCAAGAUGGCAGCAGAUCCAGAAUGCUUAGACGUGGGGCUGGCUGCCAUGGUGUGCAAAGAAUUGACUCUCAUGACUGAAGAAGAGACAAGAUUAAGGGAGUCUGUUGUACAAAUGGGUGUCCUAAUGUCAGAAGAAGAGGUAUUUGAACUUGUUCCUGAUGAUGAGCGACAGUGUUCAGCGUGCAGAACCACAUGUUUUCUCUCUGCUCUCACAUGUUCCUGUAAUCCUGAGCGCCUUGUGUGUCUCUACCAUCCAAAUGAUCUGUGCCCCUGCCCGAUGCAGAAGAAAUGUCUUAGAUACCGUUACCCAUUAGAGGACCUCCCUUCUCUUCUGUAUGGUGUGAAGGUCAGGGCACAAUCCUAUGACACGUGGGUCAGCCGUGUUACAGAAGCAUUAUCUGCCAACUUCAACCACAAGAAAGAUUUGAUUGAAUUACGAGUAAUGCUGGAAGAUGCUGAGGAUAGGAAAUACCCAGAGAAUGAUCUCUUUAGAAAACUCAGAGAUGCUGUGAAAGAAGCUGAGACUUGCGCUUCUGUGGCUCAGCUGCUUCUGAGCAAAAAGCAGAAGCACAGGCAGAGCCCAGAUAGUGGGAGGACUCGGACCAAACUGACAGUGGAAGAAUUGAAGGCCUUUGUCCAACAACUUUUUAGUCUUCCAUGUGUCAUCAGCCAAGCUCGACAAGUAAAGAAUCUGCUGGAUGAUGUGGAAGAGUUUCAUGAACGUGCUCAAGAGGCCAUGAUGGAUGAAACCCCAGAUUCUUCCAAACUCCAAAUGUUGAUAGACAUGGGCUCUAGUCUCUAUGUGGAGCUACCUGAACUGGCCCGACUAAAGCAAGAGCUACAGCAGGCUCGAUGGUUGGAUGAAGUAAGACUGACCCUGUCAGAUCCACAACAGGUCACUUUGGAUGUCAUGAAGAAACUGAUAGACUCUGGGGUGGGAUUGGCACCCCACCAUGCUGUGGAGAAGGCAAUGGCUGAACUACAGGAGCUCCUUACAGUCUCUGAGCGAUGGGAAGAAAAGGCUAAGGUCUGCCUACAGGCAAGACCACGGCACAGCGUGGCAAGUUUAGAAAGCAUAGUGAAUGAAGCCAAGAACAUUCCAGCCUUUCUACCCAAUGUGUUGUCCCUGAAAGAAGCAUUACAAAAGGCUCGAGAAUGGACGGCUAAAGUGGAAGCUAUUCAGAGUGGCAGCAACUAUGCUUACUUGGAGCAGCUGGAGAGCUUAUCUGCUAAAGGGCGACCUAUCCCUGUGCGCCUGGAUGCGUUGCCCCAGGUAGAAUCACAAGUAGCAGCUGCACGGGCAUGGAGAGAACGGACCGGGCGGACCUUUCUUAAGAAGAAUUCUAGCCAUACUUUGUUGCAGGUGCUAAGUCCCCGGACUGACAUUGGUAUAUACGGGAGUGGUAAAAACAGAAGGAAAAAAGUAAAAGAACUAAUAGAAAAAGAAAAAGAAAAGGAUCUGGACCUUGAGCCUCUGAGUGAUUUGGAGGAAGGAUUGGAGGAAACCAGAGAUACAGCUAUGGUGGUGGCGGUUUUCAAAGAACGGGAGCAAAAAGAGAUUGAAGCCAUGCAUUCCCUCAGAGCAGCCAACCUAGCCAAGAUGACAAUGGUGGACCGCAUAGAAGAAGUAAAAUUUUGCAUUUGCCGCAAGACAGCCAGUGGGUUUAUGCUACAGUGUGAGCUCUGCAAAGACUGGUUCCAUAACAGCUGUGUUCCCCUUCCUAAAUCAGGUUCCCAAAAAAAAGGGUCUAGCUGGCAGGCUAAAGAAGUAAAAUUCCUUUGCCCUCUUUGUAUGCGGUCUCGAAGGCCAAGGUUAGAGACUAUUCUCUCACUCCUGGUAUCCCUUCAGAAGUUGCCUGUACGUUUGCCUGAAGGAGAGGCCCUGCAGUGUUUGACAGAACGAGCUAUGAGUUGGCAAGAUAGAGCACGGCAGGCCCUAGCCACAGAUGAACUGUCCUCUGCCCUAGCCAAACUGUCUGUGUUGAGCCAGCGCAUGGUGGAGCAGGCAGCUCGAGAAAAGACUGAGAAGAUCAUCAGUGCAGAACUCCAGAAAGCAGCUGCUAAUCCAGACUUACAGGGACACUUACCUAGUUUCCAGCAAUCUGCUUUUAACCGGGUGGUGAGCAGUGUAUCUUCUUCCCCUCGACAAACGAUGGACUAUGAUGAUGAAGAAACAGAUUCUGAUGAAGAUAUCCGGGAGACAUAUGGCUAUGACAUGAAGGACACAGCCAGUGUGAAGUCCUCCAGUAGUUUGGAACCCAAUCUUUUUUGUGACGAAGAAAUUCCCAUCAAGUCUGAAGAAGUGGUCACUCACAUGUGGACAGCGCCUUCAUUCUGUGCAGAACAUGCUUAUUCUUCUGCUUCUAAGAGUUGUUCUCAAGGUUCUAGCACCCCAAGGAAACAACCUCGGAAGAGCCCUUUGGUGCCCCGAAGUUUGGAACCUCCAGUGUUAGAGUUGUCACCUGGAGCUAAAGCCCAGCUGGAAGAACUUAUGAUGGUUGGAGAUCUCCUAGAAGUAUCUCUGGAUGAGACUCAACACAUAUGGCGGAUUUUGCAGGCCACACAUCCACCUUCUGAAGACAGAUUCCUGCAUAUCAUGGAGGAUGACAGCAUGGAAGAGAAACCAUUAAAAAUAAAAGGAAAAGACUCUUCAGAGAAGAAGCGGAAACGGAAGCUAGAAAAAGUAGAACAGCUUUUUGGAGAAGGAAAACAGAAGUCCAAGGAGUUAAAGAAAAUGGAUAAACCUAAAAAGAAGAAAUUAAAACUAAGUGCAGAAAAAUCAAAGGAGCUGAAUAAACUGGCCAAGAAACUGGCAAAAGAAGAAGAGAGAAAGAAAAAGAAGGAGAAGGCUGCUGCAGCCAAAGCUGACCUUGUGAAAGAGACUACUGAGAAGAAGAGAGAGAAAAAGGUGCUGGACAUCCCCUCAAAGUACGACUGGUCUGGAGCAGAGGAGUCCGAUGACGAAAAUGCUGUGUGCGCCGCACAGAACUGCCAGCGGCCCUGCAAGGACAAGGUAGACUGGGUACAAUGUGAUGGUGGCUGUGAUGAGUGGUUUCAUCAAGUUUGUGUGGGUGUAUCUCCAGAAAUGGCUGAAAAUGAAGAUUACAUCUGUAUAAACUGUGCAAAGAAGCAAGGGCCAGAUAGCCCAGGUCAAGCACCACCUCCUUCCUUCAUAAUGAGCUACAAACUACCAAUGGAGGAUCUUAAGGAGACCAGUUAGCAAUUGCUGGGUUAGUUUGGGACAUGGGGAGAAAUGGACCACAUUGAGACCUUAGUCAUCAAGUAGAGUGGUGUAGAUCCACUCAGAAUGUUGCUUCCAAAGACGAAUGGCCUUCAGAGAAAGUCCUCUUAGCUGACUUCCUCUUUGCAUGGACUGUGUGACCUACAUUCUCUUCAACACAUCUAUGCAGAGGGUGUCUUUGGUACAGCAGCCAGUAUUUCAAUUUAUGUCUCCUCUGAGUAUGGUUUGUUACUUUACAGCCAGACAUGUGAUUGAGCUCUAGAAUGCUGGUUGGCAUUAAUACAUUGGUAUGCUAGCGGGGCAUAUAGGCUGUGGCUUAUGGCCACUCGAUAUUAGUUAGUGGUGUACAGCCUGGGGGCAGCACCAUCUGGAGGUGCUGAUGACUUGGCACUCCUUAGGACAAUUGGAGAGGAGUAAGAUUACCACUCUCCUUCUACUGUUACCUGGCAUAUAAUGCCCUACAGAUACAACUAUGGAAGCAACAGGGCCAAAGUUACUCCUGUUAGUCAUGGGAUAGUAGCCAGAGUCUAGAUCCCAGCUACUUGUGUGUGUUUGUACCAAGAAGAAAACCCCAAGUGAGAGGCAGAUCACCUUAUCUUCCUAAGGAGAGGAGUAUGUCCUCUAGUUGAGAAGUCUGACUAGAUUGGAUUCUGGGAAGAAGAGCUUUUCUUAUUUCAAGUCAAGGAGCCUUUUUUGGCUUUGAGAAGUCUUGCUGUCUUGGGUCUGCAUUUUAGAGACAAGCAGGUACAUGGAUCCAGCCUCCUGCAAAAGAAGAGAAGACAAGUCAGAAUGUUUUACUGAGACACAGUGAUGCAUGCUUUUCGGGGAAACCUUCAUUCACAAGUAUACCAGAUACCACCAGGCUUCAGGCAUGGCCAUGAGCAAGACCAGCAAAUAACAGCUUUUUGCCUUGCAGCCCUGACCCCAAUGUCUGCUGUUUCCAACACUGGCAAUUUCUGAUUGUGGCCCACAGCAGAUGCUGUUGAAUAACACCAUGGCUUCAUCAGAGAAUGUGGGGUUGUAGCACCUCUGGGUGAUAAAGUUGUUUUAGUAAAUCCAUUUUUAAAAAAAGGACUUGUUUUUACUUUUUUCUAAAUGUCUCUGACUACUGACUGUUCUAUAAAUAGAUUAUUUUUCCUUUUUUAAUAUACAUAUAUGAAUAUAUAAAUAUAUAUAUUUACUGUUACC